AUGCCCUCCAUUUGGCAUCAAUGCAAGGAAUUGGCAGACUUGAGGUUCGGGGAUAACAAAUUCAAUCCAGGAACCGUUCCAAGUGAGUUUGGAAAUUUGACCAAACUUCAGUGGCUAUAUCUUGGCAGACGCAACUUGAAAGGUUAUAUACCCAAGGAUAUAGGCAAUCUUGUUAAUCUUGAAAUCUUAGAUUUGGGAACAAACUGUUUGACUGGACAUAUUCCUUCCAAUAUAUUCAACAUUUCAACAUUGGCAUUAUUAGCCCUGGGAGAUAAUUUCCUCUUCGGCCUUCUCCCAUCAUAUUUAGGAUUAGGUCUUCCCAACCUACAAGAGUUACGAUUGAAUGGGAAUGAGUUAACUGGACAAAUUUCAAACAGCAUAUCAAAUGCUUCUAAGCUCAUUAAGUUAGAUUUGUCAUCCAAUAAAUUUAGCGGAGCUAUACCCAUUGCAGUCGAACACUUAACAAACUUGAUAAAAGUAGAUUUGGAUGAGAAUCAUUUGAUAGGGUUGAUUCCAAACACAAUUAAUAGAUUACAUAACCUUCAAUGGUUAAGUCUAAGUAACAACAGAUUGCAAGGGUUCAUUAUAAAAGAACUUUGCCAUCUUAAUCUUUUGAGUGAGUUGAAUCUUGCCAACAACAUGUUUUUGGGAGCAAUUCCGGGAUGUCUUGAUAAUACUUCUCUGCGGAAGUUGAAUUUUAGCUUUAACAAAUUGAUUUCUCAUAUACCCUCUUCUCUUUGGAAUCUCAAAGAUAUUUUGGUUUUAGAUAUAUCUUCCAAUGCACUGAAUGGAGCAAUUUCAUCAAAGGUAUCAAACUUGAGAGCAAUUACACUAUUGAAUUUGUCAAGAAACCAAAUUUCAGGAAGCAUCCCUACAGCUAUGGGUGGGUUGAUAACUUUGCAAAACCUAUCCUUGGGUCACAACAAAUUACAUGGGCAUAUACCUGGAUCGCUAAGUGGCAUGAUAAGUAUUGAGUCAAUAGAUCUUUCUCAUAAUUAUUUGUCUGGUAUGAUUCCAAAGUCCUUAGAGUCACUUCUCUAUCUUAAAUCUAUUAAUCUUUCCUACAAUCUUUUGGAUGGAGAAAUUCCAAGUGGUGGUCCUUUUCAAAAUUUUAUUGCUAAAUCUUUUAUGAUGAAUAAAGAUCUUUGUGGAGAACCUCAACUACAAGUAAAACCAUGUAGGAGAGGAAACAAGCACAAAUCAAAUAAAGUGAUGCUGGUUGUAAAAUGCUUAGUGCCUGUCAUGGUUGUCAUUUUGGUUGUUACAGGCAUUGUCUUUCUAAAGCAUAGUAGAGAUAAUGCUAACUAUUCAACCAAAAAGGAUUUAACCAAUUUGGCUGCACCAACUAGGAUAUCCUAUUAUGAGCUUCUACAGGGAACAAGUGGAUUUGAUGAGAGCAAUCUUCUUGGCUCUGGAAGUUUUGGAUCAGUAUACAAAGCAAUUCUUCCAAAUAAAAAGACAGUUGCUGUCAAAGUAUUUAACACAGACAUGGAAGAAGCAUUGAGAUGCUUUGAUAUUGAAUGCGCUGCCAUGUCCAAUUUACACCACCGCAAUCUCAUUAAGAUUAUUAGUAGUUGCUCAAACGAUGAUUUCAAGUCUCUAAUCAUGGAAUUCAUGUCAAAUGGAAGCCUUGAUAGAUGGUUGUACUCUCAUAACUACUGUUUAGAUAUCUUGCAAAGGUUGAAUAUAAUGGUUGAUGUGGCAGCUGCAUUAGAGUAUCUUCAUCAUGGUACUUCUACUCCAAUUGUCCACUGUGACAUAAAACCAAGCAAUGUUUUGUUGGAUGAAGAUAUGGUGGCUCAUCUUAGUGAUUUUGGUAUAGCUAAACUAUUGGGUGAAGGACAAUUGGAAACUUGUACAAAAACAUUGGCGACAAUUGGCUAUAUGGCACCAGAGUAUGGAUCAAAUGGAGUGGUUUCUUUCAAAGGAGAUGUGUAUAGCUAUGGUAUCAUGCUAAUGGAGAUGUUUACGAGGAAGAAGCCAACUGAUGAAAUGUUUGUUGAAGGUUUUGGUUUGAAAGAUUGGGUUAGUAAAUCAAUGCCACAUUCAAUUAUCAAUAUUCUAGAUGUCAAUUUGCUGCAGAAAGGGAAUCCAAAUAUCAGCAACAUAUUAUCCCUUAUGUCAUCAAUUUUUGAGCUGGCAUUAAAUUGUUGCAUUGAAUUACCUGAAACACGAAUUAUGAUGACUGAUGUUGUGGUCUCAUUGAGAAAGACAAGGGUUUACCCUUGCGCGAGCCUGUUUCUCUUCGCGAGUGGGAGCGGCUUUUUCGACGCCGCUCUCCGGCAAAAUGGUGCAGGGUCUAGAUUUCUCAUUAUGUUUGUUGUCCUGGAGGUCUUUUUUGGCUUUCAGCAACACUCUUCCUCUCUUGGUUCAAGGAAGUGGUUUAAAGCCACCAUAGUGGAUGCAGAUUGGCGUCAAAGAAGGUGGGCUCGAUUGUUGAGAAAGUCUUUGGGACUACCACCUUCUACAGCCGUUCUUACUGUACCUAUCGCCUCGACAAACAGGGUCCUUCGCUGCGGCAAGCCCUAUUUUCCCCGCGACGAGGCGAUAACUCGCUGGGGCGAUAAUAGCAAGUGCAUUGCAGUGGCAGCGCCAUUCUUCGUCUUGGCAACACUUACAGAUCGCGACAAAUCAAGGAAAGGUCCAGAAUUCCAAGUAUAA